AAUUAGUCAAACUGUGACUGAGUUACUGCUUUCCAAAUGAAGUUAAAUACUGAUCUUGUAUAUAGAAGGACAAGCAUUUUGCUCAUUAGCCCUUCAAAAGCCUGAGGAGAUACUACUAGAUCAUUGAAUUUAUUAUUCUAUUGGACUUGCCAGAUGAAUGAACAACUUGAUAUUUAAUUGUGCAUCUAGAUUAAUUGAUAUAGCUUCAAAUACACGAAUUACACAAAGUAUACAGUAUUUCACCGUAUGCUGAUAUGAUGCUAAUUAGUUUUGUAGAAUCUGUAAAAAUAUGAACUAAUUUUUGAUAGGCUUGCUAGAGAUUUGAUGGAUAUUGGAAGUCACGAGUCCUUGAGUGUCGGGAGUUUUGCGAAUGAUGCGUAAAAAGGAUGCACCAUUUCACUUCACAGUCAGUCAUGCGCAAGUAAUUGAGCAAAAUGGGAUUGUAGGAUGGAUUAUACUCAAGCUUGAUGCAUCAUUUUUAAUUGAAAGAUCAGUGUUAUCAACGACUACAUGGAUUCUGGAUUCUGAAACAAACAUAAGUGCUUGUGCUUUGUGGUCGGUUGCUGAAUAAGUCACGAAGAGUACGGUACAUACAUGUAGGACAAAAUAGAGUGAUGGAAAUUAAAAGAAGUAGCCUUGAAAAUAAUGAUUGCAUUCUCUGAACUGGAUCGAAAGAAGUAAUCUGGAUUUUUUAGACAAUUGUUCAAGUGUCAUCCAAGGAAUUGUGUCAACUGAUUGCAUUGGUUUUGAUCUUUGUCUGUGGAAGUUCUUCAUUCUGUGUGUUAUGCUUGUUUUCCAUGUGACUUUCUUUGGCCAUUUUAUAAUUAUCAGAAUUGAACAGCAGGUCAAAGGAACCAUACUCACCGAUCUAAUUGAAUUUGUAGUAUUUUGUACAAAAUCAAAAUCUUUUUGAUAAGAUUUUAUCCAAAAGAUGAACCAUCUGCAUGUUAGUGGGACAAUCAUCUAAAUGUGUGUAAAGCCUUUCCCAGACUGCUCUAAGUGUAAGAUUACUGCUAUAUGAAUCUUGCCAUUCAUAUUUUAUCUCCUUUUUUGUAAGAGAUUAUCUUUCGGAUUCUUGCCAAUUGCUGGAUUUAGCUUCAACUGUGGUUGAACUUUGUAUGAUUAUCCUCAUGCAUUCAUCGUGAUAAACCUUCCUUAUCUAUUCACCAUAAUACUAUUUUCUCAGCUAUGUUCACAUACAUUGUAUGAGUGGUUUAAAAUUGAAGCUGCUUGACUUAAUCUUGUGAUAAAUGUCCCAUGACCUAGUUGAACUUGAUAAUGAACUAUUCCAAGAUCGUUCCAAUAUCAUACCUACAACAUUCAAAUAUGGAUGAUUUUAAGUGGAAUCCACUCUAUCAUAAAAGUGAUCUUACUGUGAUCAAUUCCAGCUAUUUUUUUCUACAAUAUGCUCUGAAUUAAAUGGAAGCCUCAUGAUUGCUGUGAUAAACAAUGUACAGACUACAGUAGAAGUUGAUUUGAUCACUUUGCUCAAUCAAUAGUCCAAGUGCUUCUCUAUCGAAUCAGACGAUACCAUCAUAUUUAAUUUGCCAAUAUUCAACUCGAGGGGAUAAGAAACCCAGACUGAUCAAGCAUCACCAAUAUCUGUAACUCAUAUCUCUCUCCAAAACUCUGUCACACAUUGAAAAUAGAGAAAUUGACACAACAGCAUUGUGAGUUUACCCAGUCUCAGGAUCACCUACAUGUAUUGUUGGGACAUUCUGCGCCUGAUUUGCCCAACGUGCACUGGAAAAGUUUUGGAGCAUCCUUGAAUGUCAUCAAUCAAUUCCAAAGCAUCUCUUGGCAUUUCCCUGUCUGAUUUUGGAUUUCCAUCUAGCAAUUGAUCUUCAGAUUUCUUCUCCUUUUGCACUCUGACAUCAUUUCCCUGAGGUUUUGAGCUGCAAUAAAAGGACAUGUUUGAAAUUGGAGUUCGUAAACGUGCUGGAAGCGUCAGCAGUGCAGCACUUGCCUCUAUGGACGUGAGAUCCAGUAUAGCACAGGAUGGAUCACGCUGGGAUAUCAUUGAAGACCUGGAUCUUUUCUACUUUAGACAGCUUGCUGUUAGUCUUCAGGACUAUGACAUGCAACAGAAGAUUGACUUGGAGAUCAAGAUGAGAGAGGGUACACGGAAGCUCCUAGCAGCCUGCAAGAGGGAAGCACAAAGCCUUGAAGCAGCCAAAAACCUUCUCACGUCCAACGUGCGCGUCCUCUCGUACAUGUCGGAGCUACAGCGACGUAAGACUGCGGAGUUUGCUGAUCGGGCAGCAUCUAGGAAGAUCAAGAGUGCGGGCAGUGACUCUGGUGUAGAUGCUGAAGCUGGUUGUGAUGUCAUCGAGCCUUGUAGAGCUACUGUCUGUGUCUCAAAUUUACAAAUUCCCCUCAUGUGGAGAGAUGUGGACCAUAUAAAAAACAAAGGAGAUCAUCACAGAUAUGCAGUGUUCUGCUUGCUGAAGAUAGACACCCAAAUAUAUGCUACUCAGCUGGUUUCUAAUAUAGACAGAAAAGCAACAGAUGUCAACUUCAAAGAUGUCAUUGUAUUUGACAACGUAAAGCCAGAUUUCACAUGUACCUUAGAAGUCUAUUCAUACAACCUUCACAAUGACAUGACAAUAGCCAGCACACCACAGAAGAUCAGAAGAAAGCUGAGCGCCCUCUCGACGUCUGUAGGUAGACGUGGUAGUCUAGGUCAUAGGACACAGGUCAACUCAUCGAGUGGGCCACCUGAGGAGGAACAGUCAGAAGGUCCACGGUACAGCUUGGUGGCCAGAGCAAGAUUUAGUUUACAGCAAGUCAGUGAUCAAGUACAGACAUUUGAUCUUGUCACAGAGAAAGAUGAUAACACACCACAUCAGCUGCAGUUGUUUGGUAACAUCUGUUGCCGGCUUGCUGCUCAACCGCUCUGUAUGGCAGAAGAGACAAUGUCGGGCUACUUAUCCAGUCAGGAUGAGUUUCAGGGUAAACCUGUAUCAAACAGACUGUGGGGUAGAUUAGAAGGAUCGUGUCUAACGUGUUGGGAUGAUCCCACAGACGGCAAUCUCGGUGAACCCAUUAUGACAUUACAAAUCAGAAAGACUUCUUCAGCGGUUCGUUCAACGUGUUGUACAGACCCACUGUCAUUUGUGAUCAGUGGUUGCGGCGAUGAUCCUGACAGAAAACAUCCAUUCACAGCCGAGUCAGAAGAGGAACUAGAAAUGUGGCUGAAAGCAUUUGAGCAGCAAUUAAUCAAUGUUGAAUCCUGGUCUGAAUGUUGUAAUGAGAAGAUGAAGAUCUACUCCCCAUUCCCUGGUCGAUCUGACCUAAUGCUAGCAGAGAGAAAGGGCUCCCUCUACGAUGAAUUAUCUUUAGUAUCGCCAGACAGAGAAGACUACAACGACGAAAAUGUCUUCCAGGGACCUCCGUCAGAAAACCUACGCAGCAGACGGAAGAUGAGAUCACAGAGCAUGGCGGUACCCAGCACGUCAUCAUCAUCGUCAUCAUCUUCCUUAUCGUCCUCACCCCUGCUUCUAUUCAAGAGGCCGGUGUUACCGGCAUCAGAGUCAUCUCCCUCGACAUCGUCUACAACUUCGUCAGCGGUAUCAUCGUCUUCAGCGCAGUCUCCGCCUCUCUUCCCUUUCCAGAAGUCUGUCCUUCCAAAAGAAACCACAGUAUGAUCUAGAAAUUCUGUUAACCAUUGGCUCUGUAACACAAAACUUAGCGAUUAAUCAUGUAGUAGAUGUUUAUGAUUGAUUGCACAUAAGAAUAAAUGCAAUCAUUCAUAAAAAAUCAGUAGUAUAAUUAAUCCCUAAGUUUUGUGAUAUGGGGCCCUGGUCGUGACACAAAUGUAAACUAUUUUUUUUUGUCUGUGUUAAUAGAAUUUUAUAUUGUGAAGUUUUUCAUGUCUUGGUUUUCACUGAUGACUGUUACAAGCUUCUGAAAUCUUUCCAUGUAAUUGGCUGAUAGCACAUUUGUCAGUGAAAAUCAGUGAAAUGACGCCGUCCCUGUUCAUAAUAUUUCCAUGAAGUUUGUGGCGUCAUCUUCUCAAAGAUGAUUUUACAUCCAGUACCGGCUGCAGAGUUCUCAGCACUAACAGUAUGCCCAGUCACAUCUGUCAUAUUGUAAUGCCAAAUGUUGAUCCAGGAUGUAAAUAACGCGUUGUUAUGACCUAAGGUAUUGUUGAGAUAUUACUGGUUGUAACAGAGUCUCUGUUGGCACAUUGAUAGCCCUAAAAAUGUGUGGCCUGUACAGGUGUUCUGUAAGAAAGCUGAGAUAGCAGUUAAGAUAUUGCCAAUUUGACAUUUCCACCGUGAACAAAAACAUGUCUCAAUGUUAAAAAUAUUCUUAAUUUGAGAUUUUGAAAUGAAAAAAAAGGGAUCUCUCUUUUAAAACAUUCAUAAUUUGUAUAUUUUCCAAUUUUGUUCAAAUUGUAACAAAACAUGUUUUUUCAAAUUUUUCUGCUAUUUACAUAGCAGGGUUGGGUUUCCAUCUUAUGUAAUGCUCAACAUCUCCUGUUAUGACAUGGAGAGUAAAUCAGUAUGUCUUAUUCCCAAUACCUCACCCGGAAUAUCAAAUCAGUGAACAAAAGGAAUUCUACAGAAACAAAUGCUUCAUACAUGUAUAUCAUGCUAUUCAAAUAUACUCAGCAAUAACAAACUAAAAUCAUAGAUUACCAGUAUUCCAAUGGAUAUUCACUUUUGUAAUCCAAUCUUGCACUUUGUAACAAAAUUUGUAGAUAGAGCUACAUAUAUAUUUAUUUUUUUAAUAAUAGACAGUGUAUAUUAAUGGCACAGAUUAUUUAUGAGUUUAUGUAGAUUAUUAGUUUUAUUAUCUUAAUUUUUGUUAUAUUAUAUAGUAGAUCUUGCAGAUAUGAUUUGAGUCACUGUUGUGAUGAAAAUCUCAUUAAGUUUUGAAACCCUGUGACCCGGCUGAUUUUAUCAGCUGGUAAUUCUGUUACUUUUCGAAUUCAGGAGAGAAAAGGCGUAUUAUCUGCAUAGGGAUUAAUUAUAGUAUUUCAAGUUAUAUUUACACUUUUGCUAAACUUUCUUUGUUUUUAUUCAUAUAUAGAAUAACAUUUUUUAAUUAUUUGUUUGUUGAGAUGAUACUCUUCCUGGCUUAAUUUUUAAAAUUUUCCUCAAGAAAUUCUUCCAUUUUCCCCCAUUGAAUUUAAAGCUUGUCAGAAAGUGAUCUUCCAGUAUAUGAAUGGCUUAAAUCAUUCAAUAGAAAUUUACUUUGUGUUAAAAGAAACACAAAAUGAUAGUUAUUUAUUCUUUUCAACUCAUCAUGUUUAUUAUGUCUUCUGUUAAAAAAUAAUAGGUUGUGGAACACCUACUAAAUCAGUAUUGUGUACUUGAUCGAUUAUAUUUCAAUCAUUAAUUUUGUUGCCAUAUAUGGACUGGAUUUUCUGAAAUUUUUCUAGCCUCUUUAAUGAGAUACCGAUCAAAAACAUGUAUUUUGAAAUUAUUACAGCAGUUGAUAAUUUUGUAUACAUUCCACUGAAAUUUUUAUAAAGCAAAUAAUCUUUUUUAUAUGAUAUAGGGAGAUCAAAGUGAUAUUAAAAGGUGAUUUAAAUGUGUUACUCAGUGAAGAGCCAGAGUAAUCAAUGUAUGUUUGAUUUAGGUGUAUUUGUCAUUUUCGACAAAGAAUCUUUUAUAAAUGAAAGAUUGGCAGUUAUGUACCCAUUUGUAUAUUGCCCCCACCCCCAGGCUUCUACCCUUUGUCCCAUAUACCUGGAUUUGUAAAUAUACAUUUUUUAUUUCAUUCCAUCUUUUACUUUC